CAGCGCUGAGGCCCCCCCCUCUGAGGCGCCCCUCGCCGCUCUGCAGGAUGUGGAAGCUGGUGCCCGCCGCAGGAAAAGAAGAGCCAUAUCGGCUUUUAAGUGGUACAGAAUAUGUUGUUGGACGCAAAAACUGUGCAAUUUUAAUUCAGGACGAUCAGUCCAUCAGUCGAAGUCAUGCAGUUCUGACAGUAAAUCGUCCUGAAACAACCCCUAGCCAAUCUCUCUCAGUCCCUACAUUAACAGUAACAGAUACAUCUAAGUAUGGUACCUUUGUCAAUGGGUCGAAACUCAAUGGCACUUCAGUGUCUUUGCAGUCUGGUGACAGAAUCAACUUUGGAGUCUUUGAGAGCAAGUUUAGAGUAGAGUAUGAACCUUUGGUUGUCUGUUCCUCAUGUUUAGAUGUUGCUCAGAAAACUGCUUUAAAUCAAGCCAUCCAGCAGCUUGGAGGUCUUGUAGUGAAUGAAUGGACAAAAGAGUGUACUCAUCUUGUAAUGGUAUCGGUAAAAGUUACUGUUAAGACUAUAUGUGCUUUGAUUUGUGGUCGACCAAUUAUAAAACCAGAGUUUUUUGUUGAAUUAAUCAAAGCUAUUCAGUCCAGGCAAGAGUUGCCAAAUCAUGAAAGCUUUUAUCCUCCAGUUGAUGAGCCUUCCAUUGGCACUGAAAAACUGGAUUUAUCUGGGCAUCAUGAAAGGAAAAAAAUAUUCAGUGGAAAGACUUUUGUAUUUCUAACUGCCAAGCAGCACAAGAAACUGGGUCCAGCAGUUACUCUUGGAGGAGGGGAAGCAAAGUUGAUGACAGAAGGAAGAAAGGAAACAUCUUUACUAGUUUCUCCCGAAGUUUGUGUUGUUGAUGUGGGGUUGACGAACUCUCAGAUCACAGGAUCUGACUCCAUGAGAAACUGGACUGAUUCCAUUCUGACUGUCUUGCAAAGCAAGGAUCUCAGGGCUAUUCCCGAGGCAGAAAUUGGAUUGGCAGUUAUCUUCAUGUCUACAGAAAAAUACUGCAACCCUCAAAAGCAGCCAAGUAAUAAAGCUCUAACUAAAAGUACUCCUGCAUCAGCUGCUGCAGGGCGAGCUAUUUCUCAGAGUCUGGCUGUGGAUGAAACCAUAAUGCUAACUGCUGCAGAUCACAGCACAGUACAUGUAGCUGAUACAGAAAUAGAAGAGCAGACAUGUAUGGAGAUAGAGGAUACUCCCCAGAUGGAUGGACGAGGCAAAAUAGCUUUCCAAGAUAUAACCGCUGUGAAGAAAAACCUUAGCACAAGUGGCACCAUAAAUGCAGGAACAUCGAUAUCUAGAGUGAACAGAACAUCUGGGUUUAGUCAAAAAAGUCAUCCUGUCUCGCCAUCUGAAAUUUCAGAAGCUGGUAAACCUAGUGAGUGCGCUUCACGUCACCAGUCUAACUCAAUUACAAAUUACUUCCAGGUAGCUAGAAAAAGGGAAAGAGCUGAAGAAGGAGAAGAAACAUCUGUACCCAAGCUAGCAAAACUGGAGGAGAGGUCAUUGCCUGUUUCCAAGCCCAUUGAAUCCACAGCUUCAUCAGUGUGGAAGAGUGAAGCACAACAGCAUCAAAAGGAAAAUAACAUCCUGGACCCAAACCCAAAUUUUGCAUUAGCAGACACAGGUAUAAAGCUUAUGAGGGAAAGUAGCAAACUAGCAAGUGAUAAAACAGACACUAAAGCUACUUCUAGUGAAAAGCAUGUACCAAAGAAGAGAAAGGAGUUGAAUGAUUUACCUGAAGAUACAGCGACACUAGAAAUUGUGUUUGGAAGCAGAGACCUAGACUGGGAAGAACAAGUGGCAGAUCAUGACCAGGAAGCUCAAGGAAAUACACAAAAAAAAAGAUGUUUGGAAGCCAAAGAAAGCAGGAUUCAAGAAGCAAAUGUAAAGCAGAGAGAGGAGAAUAAAAUAUUGAACCACAAUGAACUGCAAGAUGACUCCAGCAAUCUUCCUAGCAGACUUCUGUUGACUGAGUUUAGAUCGUUGGUUGUCAGCCAUCCGAGACAGAACAGUCAGCUUACUGGAAAUACCAGCUAUGGGGGAAAGAAAAAUUUCAAAAUGUUCAAAAAGGUAGCUUAUCCAGGGGCGGGACAACUUCCAUACAUUAUUGGAGGAUCAGAUUUGAUUGCUCACCAUGCUAAAAAGAAUUCAGAGCUAGAAGACUGGUUAAGGCAAGAAAUGGAGGAACAGAACCGACAUGCAAGAGAAGAAUCGCUUGCUGAUGAUCUCUUUAGGUAUGAUCCUAAUGUGAAAAGGAGAAGAUAAAAUGUGACCUGAAUUUACAGUGAUUCUCUAGCAAAAACUGCUUUCUGUUCCUUAGGUUUGCUGGUUACAGUGUGUAAUAUAUACCUACAUAUGAACAUUUGAGCUGUCUGUUAUUGUAAGACUUGUUUUUAAGUCUUGCUUUUAUUAAAGAAAAGUUUCUUUCACUGCCUGGUGCUUAAAGAUUGCACAUUUUCAAGACCUUUAACAUAGUUUGCUUCAGAGUAAUGAUUGGUAAAAUACCAUAGAUACUUAGGAUUUCAUUUUAGGCUGUUUAUUUCUAGUCUUUGCUUAUCAGUACUAUUUUGGGAAAAAAAGGAAGCUAGCAUCAGGCUUUUUUCUUUUCAGAAAGGCUUUGUUAAUUAGAUUUUUGUAUAUUGUUAAUUUUGUCUUGAGGUGGAGAUUUUUGAAGACUUUAUAAACAAGUUAUACAAAUUUAAAGUUUGCUCUCUGAGUAAACAAGAAGUAUUUAAUAUCAACAUGGUCAAGCUUCUUCCUAUUUUUGAAGUUGGUGACAUCAAAUUAUUUUUAGUCAGCCACCAAUUUUGUGUGAUGGCAGAUUUGAAAUGAAUGUUUAAAUUCUAAAAUUCAGUGAUUUUUUUACCCUAUUAUGUCUUCAAAAUUUGUUUUAACAGCCAACAGUUAGACUAGAAGCACUCUUACAAACUCAGAAAAAGAUACAAAAAAAUUUUGCAGGAGCAACAAGCAUUUUAAUUUUGGUUUCUUGGGAAGGGAGAGAGAAAAUUGCAGUUUCUUUUUCUGCAUAUUUCGUUUCCUUUGCAAACAGAAGAAAGCUGUGUUUCACUGUUUAAGAACAAAAGAUGUAUACAGAAAGCCCAAAAGCUGCACGAUGAGAACCGUCAGAUUAUGAGAGUCUGUGUACUUUCCUAUAGUAUUAAAUGAGAAGUUAUCCUUG